UAUCGAGCGGCCGGGACGGAGGGAGGGGGAGCCAAAGAUGAGGCGGGGCUCGGGCGAUGCCCCGGACCCCGUGGGGCCUCGGGGCGUCUCCGCCGCCCACCCCUCCCAGCUCCACCCUCUCCUAUUCUUCCUUAAUGCGACCCGCACAGCUGAGCUCCCGGAACGGGAAAAGUGACCUUGGUGACCCACCCCCCACCCAGCCCACGGUGGGUACUGAUCUCACUGACAUCAUGGCUCAGAGAAAGAUAACUAUCCGGGAACUUGGGGGAUGCAUGGGCCCCAUCUGGUCCAGUUACUAUGGAGAUUGCCGCUCUGUGCUGUUCAUGAUUGAUGCUUCUGACCCCACCCAGCUUUCCUUAUCCUGUAGUCAGCUCCUGGGCAUCCUUUCUGCAGAACAACUAGCUGAUGCAUCUGUCCUGAUCCUCUUCAAUAAGAUUGAUAUGCCCUGUUACAUGACCCUGGAGGAGAUGAAGGCCCUAAUCAGACUCCCAGAUAUCAUUGCUUGUGCCACGCAGUGCAUCACUACAGCAGAAAUCAGUGCCCGGGAUGGCACUGGUCUGGCAGCUGUGCUGCGCUGGCUCCAAGACACCCAUAAAGCCAUCAGCUGAUUGAGGGGUGAAGAAAUAUAGGUGACAUUUCUUUUUGAGACAGAAGAACAGAGAAGGCGUGGCCUGUAGGGCUUUGUCCUCAGGGCAGAAAUGCCCAUGCUGAGCCACUAGAAGAUGAUUAAGGUGGGCCUAAGCUCAACUGACUGAGUUAGCAGGCAAAUGGAGGCUGUUUACAAGGCUUGGAAGUCUCUGGUAGCUGAACUGCAAACUGAAGAUCUGACCACAGCAUUGAGAGGAUGUUUUGGACAGCUGGGUCACCCCUUGGAAAAGUCAUUUAGUAUUCCUAAUGCUGCCUUUGGAAGAUUAUACUACUUCUCGGUCUUUGAUUCUCCAGUGUAGUUUGCUGGCCUCUCUCUGGCCCAGAUAAGGCAAACAUCCCACCUCCAUCCCCCUACCUCAUCCCACCCCAGAAGCUGAAGCAGCAUACAGCCACCUGGAUUUGGCUUAUUGAUAAUUAUCUGGGCUCUACUUUUCUAUUCAAAUGUCAGAGGCCUAUGUGAUGGGUCUGCCAUCAGGCAGGUGAUAUAAAUUUUAUGGGAGUAAAGCCUAGAUUUUUUAAUGAAGCAUGUAUAUUUAUUUAGCAUUUCAUGGUUGACUGAGAAUCACUGUAUAAUAAAACUCUUAAUAAUUUGAGUUCA